AUGUCGUCCCGAAGAACAAUCGUCGUCACAGGCGCGACGGGCAAGCAGGGCGGCGCCCUAAUUGAUGCACUUCUCAAAGAGCCCGACGCCGCAGGCUUCAACAUUGUUGCCGUGACCCGCGAUGCGACGAGCAGCAGGGCACAGAAGCUGGCCUCCAAGUUCAACAUUUCUGUGGCCUCCAUUGACGCCGGCAAGCCCGAUGUUUUAUUCAACAAGAUCUUGUCCGCUGCGAUGCCCGUAUGGGGUGUGUACAGCGUGCAGGUCAACUCGGAAGACGAGGAGGCACAGGGCAAGGCACUUGUCAACGCGGCAGCUGCCCACGGAGUUGAGCAUUUCGUGUAUUCGUCCAGCGACCGCGGCGGGCCAGUCAAGUCGCCGACCAACCCAACCACUGUGAAGAACUUUGCCGCCAAGUAUCAGAUUGAGAAACACCUCGAGGCGGCGGCGGCAGCGUCUCCUCAGAAAAUGACGUACACCAUUCUGCGGCCCGUCACUUUCUAUGACAAUUUGACCAACGACAUGCACGGCCGUGGCUUUGGGCGCAUGUGGGAGCAAAUGGGGACCAAGAAGCUCCAGCUGGUAUCGACCAAGGACAUCGGGUGGUUUGCGGCGCAGGCAUUCAUGGACCCUGCCAAGUACAAGAACGCGGCCCUGACCCUGGUUGGCGACGAGCUCUCGCACACGGAAGCGGAAGCCAUCUUCAACAAGGCCGUCGGUAAGCCGAUGCCGCUGGCCCCUUGCCCCAUUGCAUCCGCCGUCAAGUAUUUCCUGCAGGACACAGUGGGUGACAUGUUUCGUUGGUUUGAGAAGGAGGGGUAUGGUGGUGAUGUUGAAGAAUGCCGCAAGAUUUAUCCCGAGAUGCAGGACUUUCAAUCUUGGAUAAGCGAAAACAAGGGCAGGUGGGCGAAAUAA